AUGUGGGCGCGGCCCCGAGGUAGACCUGAGAGAGCUUCCACUGUGGUUGUUUGAAGAGGCGGAACUGAGAUCGUUUUCUUGAUUAUCAUGUGACGGGUUCUGGACUUAAUGGGAGAAAAAGCGUGGAAAAGGCCAAGGAUCCAAACUGGCGAAUUUUCUGAUCUUCGCGCCCCUCUGCGCUCUCCAGCCAGCGGAGCUGCCAGUGCAGAAUGGGGGGAGUCCGGAUAGGGCACCGCUGGCGGACCGUCGGCAUGCGAAGACGAAGGGCAAGGAUAGUUUAGGAACGCCCUGAAGUUCUGAGACAAGUAGGCCCGAAAAUCAGAUGUUUCAAAGGAAUAAAAUGUCAACUGUUUGCAUUUCCUUAUCUUCUGUUAACUCCUCACCCAACUUCAUACAGCCUGGCUUCUGAUUUCCCAUUCUAUUUACCCUUUUCCAAAUGGUCACAAGGUUGAUAAACAAACUUGAGGUAUAUUUCCCUUUUUUCGACUCUGCAACAGCCUCUUUAAACUGUUUAAAUGAGAAUGUCCUUGGCUCAGAGAGUACUACUCACCUGGCUUUUCACAUUACUCUUCUUGAUCAUGUUGGUGUUGAAACUGGAUGAGAAGGCACCUUGGAACUGGUUCCUCAUAUUUAUUCCAGUCUGGAUAUUUGAUACUAUUCUUCUUGUCAUGCUGAUUGUGAAAAUGGCUGGGCGAUGUAAGUCUGGCUUUGACCCUCGACAUGGAUCACACAAUAUUAAAAAAAAAGCCUGGUACCUCAUUGCAAUGUUACUUAAAUUAGCCUUCUGCCUUGCACUCUGUGCUAAACUGGAACAGUUUACUACCAUGAAUCUGUCCUAUGUCUUCAUUCCUUUAUGGGCCUUACUGGCUGGGGCUUUGAUAGAGCUUGGAUAUAACGUCUUUUUUGUGAGAGACUGACUUCUAAGGACAUCAUCUCAUUUUAUUGCUGUUCAACAAGCUAUCAUUAAAGUGUUCUGAAUCCUUGCAAGCUUGAAGAAUGCCAGAGAACUGAGAAAAAUAUCCAAUGUAAUUUUAUACUGCUUCCAUAAAGUAGUCUUGGUGAAUAAUGGACUUCUAGUCAACACAAAACUUAAUUAUUCAAUAUUUGAGUUAUUAGUACCCUUAUUGCCCUAUGUAAAUAAAGUUUGUUUUGGAUCUUA